CAGGAAGAGGAAGGCGUGUGCACAGGAUUAACAAGGAGUCGUGCUUAUAGAAUUGUAUUAAAAAGCCUAGUUUCUUUAUACAUACAUUUUAUUUCUAUAAACGCUGUGUUGUCGCAAUGGUGUAUCACUCGCUGGCGUUACCCAUGAUCUGCUUCACCACGCUGUGGGGUUUGGUGGGGGUUGUCGCUCCGUUUUUUGUCCCGAAAGGACCAAACAGAGGUGUCAUCAUAACCAGUCUGGUGCUCACCGCCGUUUGCUGCUAUUUAUUCUGGUUGGUAGCUAUACUGGCCCAAACAAACCCUCUGUUUGGACCUCAGCUGAAGAAUGAGACUAUUUGGUAUCUGCGAUACUUCUGGGAAUAGAUGCAGGUGUCAUUUGCCAAGUUUGGACCAUUCAUCACAUGCGUCAAUCAAAACCCCCAAAUAAUCAUGUGCAUCCUGCGUCAGUGCAUAAUGGUGUUAAGAGACAUGUUUUAACAUUUUAAUUACAAAAAUAAUAAUAAUAAUUGUAUCUAUUGUUUAAAAUAUAUUUCAUAAUGUAUUAUAUGUAUUAGAAUAUUCUGAAAAUACGUUCAAAUGUUGUUAGGAAUAGGCUAUCAUAUUUAAAUAUGUAUAAAGAAAUGUAAUAGUGAUAUCCGUGUGAUGUGCAAAGCGUUAGGAAAAUGUUUCAUUUGUGUGUUUUAGAUGUCUGAAAGUUGGAAUUUGAACUAAUAGCUUUUUGUUUUGCAUCAGGGCACAUAUAUAUUAACAUUAUUCCACUGUUAUUAUGUAGAUUCAUCCUUACUUGCAUGUGCACUGUCCUUUAUCCAUGUUUACAUUACUUGUUAAAAUUAUAUUUGCAUUCAUUUUAUUUAUUGUUUUUGUUUGACAAUGUGAUGGAUAUGCUAUUUAUGUUUUAUGACAUUGUAAGUACAGUAUGAGGCUGUGUUAUAUAUGAAAGUCGGAGGAGAAUAAAAUGGAAAUGUGAAGACAAACCUACUUUAGUUUCAAAAUA